AUGAGAAAAACAAGAUUGCAAUGUGAGAGUUCUGGUCACUCUAAUGGGGUAAAGGACAGUAAUGGGUGUUCAAUUUGGAUUGAAGACCUACUGAAUCUGCAACAAUUUUCUUUAGAUGACAGUAGUGGAAAAACUUUGUAUCUAAAAUUUGCAGCAUCAGAAUUUAAGGAUGCUAAAAAAGGUAAUGGUGUGAUUAUCGGUAUUGUAGUAGGUGCGAUACUUGGCAUAGGGGUUCUCUUGGCCCUUCUUCUAUUUGUCGUGCUUAUGCAAAGAAAGCAAACAGUUGGAACAGGUAUGUCUGUUGAAGGUUCGUUGGUGGCAUUUGGUUACAAACAUGCAAAAAGCAACUAA